AUGCGGGGCCGAGCAGGUGCCCCCCAGGCACGGUGCCUGCAGCCCCCACUCCCCCUGCCCACAGGGCACCUGCCCGCGCUGAGGACGCGGGACGAGGGCACCAUCUCCAAAACGCAGCAGAUCAUAACUCACCUCAGGAAACAGAAGUACAACGCCGACUACGACCUGUCGGCCACGCAGAACGCAGACACGCUGGCCUUCGUGUCCCUGCUGGAGGAGAAGCUGCUGCCGGUGCUGAUCCACACGUUCUGGGUGGACGCGAAGAACUACGUGGAGCACACGCGGAAAUGGUACGCGGAGACCAUCCCCUUCCCCCUCAACUUCUUCCUGCCCAACUCCAUGCACAAGCGGCACCUGGAGCGGCUGCAGCUCAUGUGGGGGGACGACUACAUGGAGGAUGAGGAGAAGCUGGAGAAGCAGCUCUACCGGGAAGCUCGGGAAUGCCUGACACUCCUCUCCCAGCGCCUCGGCUCCCAGAAGUUUUUCUUCGGAGACUCGCCGGCCUCCCUCGACGCCUUCGUCUUCAGCCGCCUGGCGCCGCUCCUGAAGGCGAAGCUGCCCAACGGGAAACUGCAGCAGCACCUGAAGUCCCUGCAGAACCUGUGCAACUACUGCACCUCCAUCCUCAGCCUCUACUUCCCCUGGGAUGGAGCUGACCCCCUGGCCGGUGCCCCACGGGCUGCAGGCACGGACAGCAGUGAGGGAGAGGAGGACCCCCACAAACGGCGCAAGCAGCUGCUGUCGGUGCUGGUGGGGCUGGUGGCCAUGCUGGGCUACGCCUUCCUGAGCGGCAUCGUGUCCAUCCAGCGUGGCGGCGUGGGGCCGGCCGGCCGGCAGCCCAUCGCCAUGGAGGAGGAGGAAGAGGAGGGGGAGGAGUGAGGACGAGCUGUGUGACUGUCCCAGACACCUGGAACUGACUGUUUUUACACUGGGAGCCUGGCAGCGUCAUUCCCUGUGGGUGCUCCACUCUCUGUCCCGCCAGGAACCACCACGGCCCUCACUGCAGGAGUGUCCCUGCCACGCCAAUAAACCUCCCUCUUGUCCUCUCAGCA